AUGCACCUUGUUAUUCUACUGAUUCUGCUCUACGAAAUAUCAGCUCUCUCGUACGAUCAGCCAAAACUGUGUCCAACAGCAAAGUGGAAUCAAGACGCGUCGCCUUUUGCAGGUGUACAUGACGUCGGAAUCGAAGAGUAUGCUGUGCUCAUAUUCAUUGAUGCAAAUAACACAAUUUAUAUUACUUCUGACAAUAAAAGUCAAGUUAUAGUCAGGUCUCACGGUACCAUGGAUCUGAAAACGAUUAGCUACGUAGAUUUUUCGGUGGCUGACUCUAUAUUUGUUUCGAACAAUGGUGAUAUUUACAUUGCUGCUAACCAGGGUCGCGUUUACAAAUGGACGACGGAUGCGAAAAAUAUCCUUGCUUUCACCGGCAUAUAUGAUCCAUGCACUGAUCUGUUUGUAGAUGUUGACAAUAAUCUGUACUGUUCUAUGUUUGGAGAUCAUAUAGUCUUAAAGAGAUUCUUGAACACUAAUGAUGAGGAGAAUAAAAUGAUUAUUGCUGGUACACGAAAAAACGGUUGGAAACCGGAUCAAUUGGAUGGUCCUAGAGGAAUCUUUGUUGACAUCAAUUUUGACUUAUAUGUGGCGGAUUAUAACAAUCACCGAAUUCAACUAUUUUAUCCAGGACAAACACGCGGAAAAACAGUAGCAGGACAGGACUCAUCCGAUAUUACAAUAAUACUCUACGCUCCAGUUGCUGUCGUAUUGGACGCUGACAAAUUCAUUUUUAUCACGGAAUAUGGAACUAAACGCAUCGUUGGAUCAGGACCAAAUGGUUUUCGAUGUUUGGUUGGAUGCGAUGAGAAAAUUAUUGAUUUCAAACAAUUCGAGUAUCCCCGAAGUUUUAGCUUUGAUGUGUACGGAAACAUAUUUGUUUGUCUUAUGAGUAAUGUCAGAAUACAGAAAUUCCAUCUACAAAAAGAUUCUUGUGCGGAUGUUCCAUCAAGCGUCCAAACGCAAUACUCAUCGAUCUUAACAGCAAACCACACCAUGUUUUCACGUGCUACACUCAAUAACUUGCAAUAUCACUAUGAAGACAUUGAAAUCAUUGUCCGUGAGAAGGGCUUUUACGUUCUCACCGGCAACAGUAGUAUCGAUCUGUAUGGUCAUGUAUACAAAGAUCAUUUUGAUCGAUUCAAUCCGAUACACAACCUUAUUGCGUGGUAUGGCAAAUGCUGCAACAGAGAUCAGUUUAAAUUCACCCUUGAACUUCUUCUCAACACGAAAUAUAUCUUGGUUGUAACAACGUAUAAUCCAAAUGUGACAGGUCCAUUCUCGAUCACUGUAUUCGGUUCUAACACAGUUCAUCUUCAACGCACGAAUUCUGAAUCCGUUGUCGAAUCAGUAUACUCGUCUGCAUUGACAACAGAUCGUCCAACAUAUGCCCGUGAUAUUUGUACAAAAACCAGCAAGUACUAUUACGAAGCACUGCAAAUGUACGUGAAUGAAAGUGGCUUCUAUACUAUUCUUAGCAGCAGUUCUAAUAUCGACAUAUCCAGUUAUAUAUAUAAACAGAAAUUCUACUCAGUCAUACCAUCAAUAAAUUUAUUCUCGAAUGAAGGUAAUGGCUGCAAUGGUAAUCCAUACCAAAUUACCGUGCAAUUAGAGACGAACGUUUCAUACAUUCUGAUAGUGUCAACCUGUGUCCCAAAGGUAACAGGAGAAUUCUCUGUCAAAGUACUUGGUAGUAGUCAUGUCAGUUUUCAAAGCACAAAUGAUUCACCAGCUGUUUACACUGAUCAUCAGUCAAAAUUAACAGGCAAUAGUCCAACAUAUGAUAAAACAUGUACCGGUUCACUCUACCACUACGAAACUACGCAGCUAAGCGUGCCUAGAAAUGAAUACUAUGCCAUUUCAAUUGAUGCAGGCAAUCGUGUAGAUAUUUAUCUCUAUGAAAACCAAUUCGAUCCAUUGAAUCCAAAAAAAAAUUCUAUUCGAUUCCACGACCGUCAGUGUCGUGGUGAACAAGAAUUCAGAUUCACAAUUAACCUUCAUACUGACAUCAGAUACAUAAUACUUGUAUCAAAUAAAAAUAAAUUAAGGAACACACACUUCACAGUCGGGGUACUUGGCUUAACGGAUGUCAAUCUCGAUCGUUUUAAGUUUUAUGAUUGUAUUUUCCAUAAAAGUUUACCAUUUUGUCGUCGGCCGAUAGAACCCAUUGUUCUGAAUAGGAGUAAUGACACAGGGCAUUGUCAUAACAAUGGAGUGCCGUAUCUAUUAGCUGAUCUUCGAAGGAUGAAUAUAAGUGUUGGUACUGUUUUGCAUCAAUGGAGAUCAAGUAUCGAAAAAGUUGAAGACUAUAUUCGAUAUCUAACGAAUCCAAUCGAGCAAGUGAACGGGCAUAUAUGUAAAUGUGUUAAUUCACAAUCGUUUGGUGUAACAUGUGAAUAUUUAUUACCAAUAGGAAGAACACUGACAGAUACGUUCUAUGCUGAAAAUAAUCUGCGAAUGGCUAAUUCUCAUUAUGUUCAAUUGUAUGGGGAUACAAUCUGCUACGAAACCUUACAGUGUAACUCCGGUUUGUUGUGCCUAGAUUGGAGAGAUAUCUGUGAUGGUGUUCAACAGUGUAUGUUCGGAUUUGAUGAAGAAAAUUGCCAUCAUUUAGAAUCGAAGGAAUGUGAGGAAGAUGAAUAUCGGUGCACGAAUGGAAUGUGUAUUCCUGACACAUAUUUCCUCGAUGGAGAUUUCGAUUGUUUGGAUUGGAGUGAUGAAAUGCAGUUGUAUGACGAUAUUAGAUGUUCAUCAGAUGGAAUCUAUAUUCCGUGCGAUGAUCGAAUUUGUCCGCCGACUCAAUAUUCGUGCGGUGAUGGACAAUGCAUUAUUGAUCGAUUCGAUUUUCAGACCAUGGCACGAUUCAAAUCGGAAUGUCGAAGUAAGCGUGAACAAGCCUUCAUUUGUGAAACACAUUAUAUCAACGAUAUGUGGACAUUACCGAACGGACGAUGCUAUGAAGAGUAUAACUAUAAUGGAACAAAAAUGAUCAAUUUAACAAUCGAAGAUCAAUGUCGAUUUAUUCUUCUUUGUGAUUUAUCCGGAGCCGUACAUGUUGAUUGUCCAUGUGGAGAAGAGAAUACUUUUUGUACCGAAGAAUUACAUUCGGCGUGCCACUCGAACUCGAUUCCAUUUUCUAAAAAAGGAAUUAUGGCUCCAUAUGUUUUCUUUUUCUAUCCGAAAUACUAUAAACUGCGACCAGACUUUCUUCUUAUUAAUGGAACAAUCAAAUGUCACGGGAUAUCCACUGAUAUUAUUGCGAUGAAUCUUUCAUUUCUAACCAAACUUCACGAAAUCGAACAUUUCGUUUGUCAGCAGGCGUUAAAUACAUCUUCAACGGUCAAUCAACACACAACAAAUACAUCAUGCUCUCGAUAUCAUUUUCGUUGUUCGCUAGAUGAACCAACCUGUUUAAGUAUUACUGCUCUUGGUAAUUCACACUCGGAUUGUAGAAACGCAUUCGACGAAUAUUGGUUAGGCACAAGUCAAAAAUUAUCCGAUAUGAAUUGUAACUUUAAGAAAAAAGACCAAUGUUAUCUUCUCCGACAAUAUAUUGAGCAAUCCUGGUUGUCAAAUAGAAGCACUGAUGCUUCUGAAGAAAUCUAUAUACCGUUUCGAUAUUAUUGCAAUACGUUUUGGAAUUUACCUUCGAAACACGAUGAAAAUACAACGGAAUGUAAACAAUGGUGGAAAUGUUCGGACGAGCAGUGGCAAUGCCGUAGUGGACAAUGUAUUGAUCGAAAAUGGGUAUCGGACUAUCAAUGGGAUUGCGAGGACGCUUCAGACGAAUCGAACUCAUCCAAUCAAUUAGUCCCAUUUUCAACAAUUUGUAAUAAAACAACCGAGUUUGCUUGUUUUACACAUCAAAAAACGAUUUCAUGUAUUACGUGGCAGCAAAUCGGGAACAGAAUUAUUGAUUGUUACGGAGGAAUAGACGAGAGAAAUACUAUUUUACACUGUAAUCAACAAACUAUGCUUGGAUAUAAUUACAAAUGUUCAUCCAAUGAACAAUGUAUUCCUUAUUGGAACCAUUGUGUUGGAGAACGAUGUCACAAUCAAUCUGAUGAUGACUUUUGGUGUAAUUAUCGAAUUAAUGUUUCAUUUUGUAAUCGAGUUUACGAUGCAGUUUGUUUUAACGGAAGUUGUGUCAGAAAUGGCCGAUGCAAUCAAAAGUUUGAUUGUUCCAUGGGUGAAGAUGAAUAUAUGUGUGAAUAUCAACAUAUUUCUCAAUUAACCAGAUUUCAAUAUCGUGAAGACAAAGAGAUCGUUGUGAAAAAUUCCCAUCAGAAAAUUCGAUUAAUUCAAUUUCCAAUCGAUUCGAACAUUACAUUAUCGUUGCCUUCGACGAGUCCAACAGUGAAAUCAUCGAUAGUCUCGUUAAAUACUACAGAUCCGGUUGCCUAUUGGUGUAAUCGAGGUAUUGGUGUUUAUCUCUACAAUAAGUCCAUCGUUUGCUUUUGCCCUCCACAGUAUCAUGGCGAUAAAUGUCAAUAUCACAGUGAUCGGAUAAGUUUACUUUUUCAUCUUGAUCUUUCUGAAUCAACAUAUUCGACGACGAAAAAUAUCGACAUUGUCUUCAAGAUCGUGAUUUUGUUCAUGUUUGAGAAUGAAGUUCUGACCAAUUAUUUCUUUCAUGCGCGAGCUGUAUCAGAAUUAGCGACUUACACGAAAAAGUUAGCUCAUUACGUCUACUCUCGUUCGAAACGAUUUCUUCGACAUAAACUAGAACGAUAUUUGAACUAUUCAAAUGAUCAUCUUUACUCAAUUCAAAUUGAAAUGUAUGAAAAAGUCGAUUUCGAUCAACCGAAACUCUUUGCUGUAUGGAAAUACCCGAUUGACUUUGAUUAUCUACCUGUAUUACGUCUCGCCAAAAUUCUACGCUUUCCCAGACAAAACGAUCCAUGUGCAAGUAACCCUUGUAAUACAAAUCAAGAUUGUCAAGCCAUUCUCAACAAAAAAUCACAAUACAUUUGUCUUUGUAAGGCAAAUUUUACCGGUAAAAAUUGUUCAUUGAAAGAUGAACGAUGCGCAAAUGGCUAUUGCUCUUACGGAUCUUUAUGUAAACCCGAAUAUCGAGGUUUAAUACUCGGAAAUCAUCUACCCUAUUGCAUCUGUUCGUUUAAUCGAUAUGGAGAGCAAUGCUCUAUCGAACAUGAUCGAUGUCAAUCAAAUCCUUGUCGAAACAAUGGUUCCUGUUUUUCAACGUCGAAGCCCGAAACGAGUUCUUGUAUAUGUACGGAUGAAUAUCAUGGUGACAAAUGUGAAUUUAGAAAACCGGAAAUUAAAUUAUUCAUCAAUGAGACAAUGACAUAUUUAGCAGCUGUUGUACAAUACUUCGAUAUUGAUUUUGUUUCCUUAACUUUACAGCUUGUUCAUCAAAAAGUUUAUCGAGUUCUUCCGAAUUUGAUUGAAUAUCGACAUCAACAUGGAACUAUCCCUGAAAUUGUUGUAGUUAAACUAUAUUCUAACGAGAGUUCUCCAAACAUCUAUGUCAUUUCGGUUCAAAUUGAUAUUCAAUCAAUACAUGGAAUAACGCAAUUAAAUGCGCGAACACAAUGCAUGUCAAUUCGACAAAAACGAAUCUCUCCUAUAAAAUAUCAUUUUCUCUGUGAAAAUUCGACGAAUUUAUUCUGUUUUUACGAUGAACAUUACCUAUGCAUUUGCAAUGAAAAUCACACGCGAGUACAAUGUUUUCAAUACAAUUUCCAUCUCGAUCGAUGCUCUUCUUGUUUGUCCAAUGGGAUUUGUUUAAAAGGCGAACAAUUUCUCUGUUUAUGUCCCAAAUGUUAUUCCGGAAGAAAAUGUCAGUUCAACUCCAAUUCGUUUAUAUUCACGUUGGAUCAACUCUUCUAUACCGAUCUGAAAUCGACAAAUGAAAAGUUUACCUUUCACUUUCUCAUCGCUAUUUCGGUGUUUUUGUUUCUGUUAGGAAUACCAAACAAUCUGUUUUCUCUCGUCACUUUUCGUCGACAAAAUUCGCUUCGAUAUGGCAUCGGACAGUAUUUAUUUUAUAUGAGUAUCACCAAUCAAGUGAAUCUAACUUUCCUCGCUGCCCGGUUAUUACAUUUAUCAAUCAACAUGACCGGUUCUUAUUCGUCAAUUGAACUCAAUGAUUACCUAUGUAAAAUAUUCAACUAUUUUCUCGUUACGUCAAGUCGAUUUGUCUAUUGGCUUUCGUCAUUGAUUGCAAUUGAACGGGUUUAUACGACACUUUUUCUUAGAAGUCAAUGGCUUCGAAAACCGCACAUUGCGCGUCGUGUAAUGUUCAUUACAGCGAUCGGUAUUUUAGGUACUAACAUUCAUGAACUGAUUUUUGUCAAAUCGCUUGUAGAAAUUACGAAUACGAACGACGCAAUGUGUGUGAUGGAAUUUCCCAAUCGUCAUCGAGGAAUCUGGAAUUCUUAUCAUUCGUUUGUGUCGAUUAUCAAUUCGAUUUUGCCAUUAAUGAUCAAUUUCUGUUCAACGAUUAUGAUUAGUUUCAUAGUCGCAAGAAAUAAGAUCAAUGCUCGAAAGAUUCUCACGAAAUCUCAUCAAUCAAUUUUGAUCAAAUUUCAAAUACGUUCUCAUUUUAUUUUACAAAUUUUAAAUGAAAAUAAGGAACUAGUCAUUGGUCCUGGAAUAACUUUAGUUCCACAGUUAUUUUCAUUACCGCUUUUUAUCAUUUCAUUUACACUGUAUUGCCAAAAUUUGGAAAGCAAUUUGAUCAGAUAUGUUCUGAUCGUAUCUUACUUCGUUUCAUUUCUUCCUCAAUUGACCAGCUUUAUGCUAUAUAUUUUACCUUCAUCAUUUUAUUCAAGAGAAUGGUACGCGACGACGAUUGGGCGGAUGAUAUGGGAUUACCUAGGAUUAAAACUAUCAACUGGAACGGACCGAAAUCCAUGUGAUGAAAGUAAGAACACUGAUGCUGUUCAAAGACAUCCUAUAUAA